AUGGAAAAAGGAACAAAACUCGGGUGGGUAGUAAGGUUAGUUCCCAUCUACCUACCUGAGCUAAAGGUGAGAGCCGGGCAAAAUUCAGAGCAGGACGCUACCUUACAAGCGCAGUCGACAUUCUAUGCUGACGAUGUGCUCCCUAGCUCAAAAGACUGCUUCAGAGCUGUCUUCAAUGUGGCUGUGCAACAACCCUGCGCACCGUCGGCCGCCUUGAAGUGCGCAUUGCAGGUCUCCACAUUUGAAGGAGGUAGCAGCCCGACUUUACUAGUUCCACAAGCAAGCAAUCAUCUCAACGAACAUUCAUUGAUUCCCCUCAAGUUCAUUGAUUCCCCUCAAAUUCAUCGAAGAUGUGCCAUUACAUCGACCACUCGGUUUACUACAGUAAAUGUAGAGCUCAACCUCGUCACAUUGAAGGAAAUCGAAAAUGGGACGAGUGCCGAAUGGCCAAAGAGAAUGGGCACUAUUGCCCAGAUGCUUCUCCAGCUAAGGACCUGGGCGGGAACGUGA